AUGGAUUUCGAAAGUGCUAAUAUGGAUAUGACGUCCAAAAUCUAUUCAUUGAUUCGUGAUAAAAAAUAUCAACAAGCAAUCAAUGUUCUUAGUUUUCAAAAUCAAAGUCAACCUCGUUGUCGUCCAACAUUAUCAUUACUUGCUUAUUGUUAUUAUCAUGCACAAGAUUUUACACAAGCUGCUGAUUGUUAUGAACAACUUGUUCAAAUUUCACCAGAAAUUGAUGAUUAUAAAUUUGCUUUUGGACAAUCACUUUAUAAAUGUGGACUUAAUGAAGAAGCUCUUAGAGUAUUAAAUCAAAUCGAACAGCCAUCAUUGAUGAACAACGUACGAAAAUUACAAGCCGCUAUUUGUUAUGCUUUGGAUGAUGUCAAAUCAUGUCAGAGUUAUAUUGAUCAAUGUAAUGAUGAUGAUCCGGAUACAGUUGUCAAUACAGGUUGUGUUUUAUAUAAAGAAGGAAAAUACGAUGAAGCCUUAAAAUAUUUCACUAAAGCACAACAACUUGGUGGAUAUAAUCCGAAAGUAUGGUAUAAUAUAGCUCUUUGUUAUUAUGAAUUAAAGCAAUAUGCUCAAGCUGUACAACAUUUGGGUGCAAUUGUUGAAAAAGGAAUUAAAGAAUAUCCUGAAUUAAGUAUUGGUAUGCAAACAGAAGGUAUUGAUAUAACAUCUGUUGGCAAUACAAAUACUUUACAAGAAUCAACUCUUGUUGAAGCAUUUAAUUUACGUGCUGCUAUUGAAUUUAUCCUUAAAAAUUAUGUUGCAGCACGAGAAGCUUUAACUGAUAUGCCUCCUAGAAAUGUAAAUGAACUUGAUAUGAUAACAUUACAUAAUCUUGCUAUUAUGAAUAUGGAAGAAGAUGCAACAGGUGGUUUUGAAAAAUUAACAUUUUUAAUUAGUAGUGAAGGAUUUCCACGUGAAACAUUUGUUAAUUUAUGUCUUUUAUAUCUUAAAUAUGAAUACUACGACUUUGCUGCUGAUCUUCUUGCGGAAAAUACAGAUCUAACAUUUAAAUAUAUGGAACCAUAUAUUUACGAAUUUAUAGAAGCUAAAAUAGUUCAACAAACAGCACCCGAAGCUGCAUUUAAAAAGUUUGAAGAAUUAGCUGGAACAUUAAUUGAACAAUUGCGUCGACUUGUUAAAGAAGUACAAGAAAAUCGACGAUCGCAAAAGGAUGAACAAGUAAAAAAAAAAGUACAAGAAUACGAUGCUACUUUAGAAAAAUAUGUACCUGUAUUAAUGGCACAAGCUAAUAUUUAUUGGUUACAAGAAAAUUAUGCAGCCGUAGAAAAAAUCUUUCGAAAAUCGGUCGAAUUUUGUAAUGAUAAUGAAAUAUGGAAAUUAAAUGUUGCUCAUGUUCUUUUUAUGCAAGAUAAUAAAUAUAGAGAAGCAAUUGGAUUCUACGAACCUAUUGUCAAGAAACAUGAAGAUAAUCUUUUAACAGUUAGUCCAAUUGUUUUGGCUAAUUUAUGUGUUAGUCAUAUAAUGACAAGUCAAAAUGAAGAAGCUGAAGAAUUGAUGCGUAAAAUUGAACGUGAAGAAGAUAAAUUACCAUUUGAAACGCCCGAAAAAAAAGUUUUUCAUUUAUGUAUUGUUAAUCUCGUCAUUGGAACACUUUAUUGUGCGAAAAAUAAUUAUGAAUUCGGUAUAUCACGUGUCAUGAAAUCACUUGAACCGUAUCAAAAAAAAUUAGGAACAGAUACAUGGUUUUAUACAAAACGUUGUUUUCUAUCGCUUUUUGAAAAUAUGGCACGUCAUUCGGUUAUUAUUCGUGAUCAAGUUCUUAUGGAAAUGUUACAUUUCUUAAGUCAUUGUGAAACUUGGGGUCGUGAUGUUAAAGCAAAUUUUGUUUCUCCAUUAACAAAUAAACCAAUGCAUGCUGGAAAAAAUACAGUUGCCUAUGAAGCACGUUAUUUGAAAGCAUUACUUUUAGAUUUAUUAAAAAUAGACGGUUAA